UCCGGCUCCGGUCACGGCUCUGGCUCUGGCUCUGGCUCUGGCUCUGGCUCUGGCUCUGGCUCCGGCUCCGGCUCCGGCUCUGGUGCUGGUGCUGCGACCACCCCUUGUGAGACUCUUACCGGUGAGACUGUUGUACCCGUUGCUACCCACACCCAGGGCGGUUCUUCCCCCAGCGCUCCUGCCGGUAACAAUGGCGGCUCUCCUAGCGGUGCUGCUACUACCCCUUGCGAGACUCUCACUGGCGAGACGGUUGUUCCCGUUGCCACCAACACUGCUGGUGGUUCCUCUCCUAGCGCCCCUGCUGGCAACAACGGCGGCUCCCCUAGCGGUGCUUCUCCUACCGGUGGUGUUCCUAGCGGCAGCUCCAGCGGUUCCUCCGGCAGCUCCAGCGGUUCUUCCAGCGGCUCCGGCUCCGGCUCCAGCGGCAGCUCCAGCGGUUCUUCUGGCAGCUCCAACGGCUCCGGCUCCAGCGGCAGCUCCAGCGGCUCCUCUGGCUCUUCUCCCAACGGCGGCUCCAACGGUGCUUCUCCUAGCGGUGCCAGCGCCGAUUCUGCCACUACUCCUUGUGACACCAUUGUCAGCGAGACUGUUAUCCCUGUUGCUACCAACACUGAGGGUGGCUCUGUCCCAACUGCUCCUGCUCAGACUGGUGCUGUCCCCACUGGCACCGCUCCCGCUGGCGGUGCUGCUCCCUCUGGUGCUGCUCCUUCCGGUGCCGCUCCCUCGGGUGGUGCUGCCGGCGGUGCUGGUGGUGAUGCCUCCGCCACUCCUUGCGAAACCUCCGUUAGCGAGACUGUCGUUCCUGUCGGUACCCAGACUGUGGGUGGCUCUGGUGCCGCUCCUUCUGGUGGCGCCGCUGGUGGUGAGGCCCCCUCUGGUGUUGCCAGCGUUCCUGCUGUCCCUACUUCCAGCACUGUCCCUGAGGGCGCCAGCGCUGACUCCACCACCACUCCUUGCGACACCCUUGUUACUGAGACUGUCAUCCCUGUUGCUACUCAGACUGAGGGCUCUCCUGCCCCCAGCGGCACCGCCGCUGAGGGAGGCUCCGCCCCUCAGAUUACCACCGCUCCUGUCGCAGGCUCCGGCUCCGGCUCCGGCUCUGACGUGGUCACUGUCACUGUUACCACCACUGUGAGCGUUGCUGCUUGCGAGUAA